AUGCAAACUUUUGGGCAACAAAUGCAAGAAAUAAGAGCUCAAAACAAUAUGGUUGACUCACAACUAGCUCAAUUGGCCGAGAGAACUCCUUUCAAUUCACCAUCUACUCUACCCGGACAACCACAACCUAACCCUUCUCAUAACUCAAUACCCGAUACAUGCAAGGCAAUUACAUUGAGGUCGGGAACUUCCUAUGAAGGGCCAAAUGAGGGGGGUAAUGAGGAAAGGAAGGGAGGAGAAGAGAGUGUGAAUGAGGUUAACAGAGGUGAGAAAGAAAAAGUUGAUGAGAUAGAAGGAGGUUCGGAGAAGAAGAAGCUUGACAAUGAGAAGAAAACUUCAAUUCCUAGUGAGGUUAGGAAUCUUGAUGGACCGGUUACUUUUCCUGGUCGACUUGCAAAGAGGAAGUUGAAUGACAAGUUUGCAAAAUUCCUUAGUGUGACGAAGAAUUUGCACAUCAACCUCCCUUUCAUUGAAGUUGUGACACAAAUGCCAUCUUACUCCAAGUUCCUCAAAGAUAUUCUCACCAACAAGAGGAAGCUCAAUGAUGAGCUUAUCACCCUUCCACAUCAAGUGAUGAUGGAUAUGGAGGAAGAUGUUAACACUCCUUUGGUUUUGUCAAGUGAAGAUCUUAAAACUUUGGGGGCGGUCAUCAAUUGCAAGAACAACACCAUCACAUGUGAGGUGGCCGAUGAGAAGAUUGUCUUUGAGUUUUCUAAGUUGCUCAAGACCCUCAUGGUUGAAAAAUGCUAUAGAGUUGAUGUUGUGAGUGAUAAGUUAGAUCGCUUGGGGAGGGUCAUGAUGAAGCCUCAAGAGGCAAAAGAGUUUGUCAUGGCAAUAGAGGAAUCUUAA